AUGUCUAGAAAAUCAGAACAAGAUCUUAGGGGUAAAAAUGACUAUGUAAAAGAAAAAUAUAACUUGUUUGAAGAAUCUGAACAAGAUCUUAGGGGUAAAAAUGAAUAUGUAAAAGAAAAAUAUAACUUGUUUGAAGAAUCUGGUGAAGAAUACGAAGUUGAUAAAAUAGUAGACAUGAGAACUAAAUAUGGAGAAAAUUAUUAUUUGAUAAAAUGGGCAGGAUAUGAUGACAUGACAUGGGAGCCAGAGCAUCAUUUGCACUGUCAGCAAAAACUUGAAAUAUUUUUAAAUAAAUUGGGUUGUGGUUAUAAUCCUAAAUCAAAAGAAAAUACAUCAUUUACUACUAAUAAUAAUGAGCCUUCAGCUAAAAAACAAAAAUUAGCUGAUCGGCGCAGUAUUGAUGAAUUAUGGGAUGACUUGAAAAAAUUUGAAGCAAUGAGAUCUCGAUCUAAAUCCCUACCGAAUGCGAAUCGUCCCAAUAAUAAUCUCAGACGUGUGUCCAAAGGUUCAAUAGAAUCACCACCCCCAACAGACUCAUCUUCAGAUAUGGAUAUUGAAAAUGAAAUUCCACCAAUAUCUCAAUAUAGAACUAAUUAUUCAUCGCCCUCAAAUAAUUACACAUUGACGAGAGAUAAAGAUAAUUACUAUACUACUUUUCUAAAUAAUAAUGGACAACAAUCAAUGGAGGGUAUCAACACCUAUCCUAAUCAGUCCAGAAGUGCCAAUAUUCCUAAGGAUGGUUCACACCCACUUGAUGUUCCUCAGAAUAAUUCACAUUCACCUAUUGUUACUAAUAAUAGCUCACAAGUAAUAAAUGCCUCUUUAAACAGUCUACAGACACUUUGUUUUCCUCAGAAUAAUUUUCAAGCAACAAACUCUUUUUUAAAUAAUUUGCAAACAACAGCCACUUUUUUAAAUAGUUCUCAAGUAACAAAUACCUUUUUAAAUAAUUCACAUGUACUUGAUGCUCCUCAAAAUAAUUUACAAGCAACCGAUCCUUUUUUAAAUAACUCACAAGCAACAGUUAGUUUUUUAAAUAGUUCACAAGCAACGAACACUUUUUCAAAUAGUUCACAAUCACUUAAUGUUCCUCAAAAUAAUCCACAUUCACAUCAACUUAACAAGUCACCAAAUAAUCUGGAAAUUACAGAGCAAAAAGAAUCGAACGAAUUAUCAUUAAUAAAUCCUACUUUUCAAGGAAAAUGGACUGGUGGUUUUUACAAAAUGGUGCGAUCGCAAAAGAUACCGAUAUAUAUUAGUAGAGUUCAUAUUGAUCCUUGGCCAAGAAUGACACCAGACUUGGAAUUAUUCGAUGCAUUAAAAUCUUUAGAUAAAAUAGUGCUUCAAAACCUUCAUCCAUUGAAUUAUGUUUUCAAUGUUUUUAAUCUUAUUAAUGGAUAUGGUCCAACUUUUGUAUCGAUGGUGUUUGUUUCAGGUGAUCAUGAAGCUAUAGAGAGAGAGAAAAUGAUGCAUAAAUGGAGUGAAAGAAAUGAAGCUAUUACAAUCAACAGUAAUUUUAUUAAUGAUAAAGAUUUUAAAGAUUACAAAACUUAUACAGGUGCAGAAAUGAAUAGAGCCAUAAAAUUGCCAGAGAAUCUUUAUAAAAACUUUUCAGAAUCAAAUUAUUGCUUAUUAUCACCACCAGACCAAUCAGAAAGUUUUGAUAUGGAAUGUUAUAUGAACUAUAUUGGUGCUAAUAUGUCAAAUCUUGAAGAUAUAAAUUUAGAUUUAAUACUUAUUUUAAUUCCUGGUGGAAUCAUAAUGCCAACUUUAAAGGCUCUUACAGAAUUUGGUUCUUUGGCAUACGGAUUAAAGGAAUACGUCAAUAGACAUAAUAAUUGGGUAAUUAAAAUUCAUCCGUAUAUUCUUCAAAUGAUGCUAAAUACUUUUAGUUUAUUAACUAAAACAGAUAAAUCUUCAGCUCAAAG